UCUGGAUUGGGUGGCUGCACAGAAAAUACUUCCAUGCACUUUUCUUUUUUUUUUGUUUCACAACUUUUUAACAAACAAUUUUUUUUUUUUUUUUUGGAGCCAGGAUUUAAUAUUAAUUUAAUUCCAUUUUAACAUCAAAGACAAAGGAUAUCUGAUGGAUGUGAGAAGAGGAACAAACCAGUGCAUUGUCUUUUUUAUCAGAUUUUGUCUUCUUCCUGGGUUAAUUCAAACAUACAAAUAUAUGGAUGGAAACUGAAAAGUGCAGUGAUUUUUUCAUAAAUUUUAUGGAUCUAUUUUUUUCCUAGACCAUGCACAGGCACUCUCGCAGGUGGAUUUUCUAUGUAUUUCUCUGUUUUGGGAUCAUCUAUAUGAAAUUAGGGAGGGAAGCAUUUUUGAGAAAAUGAGGAAUACUAGAACAAGAGGACGUGAUUUGAAUCUGAAGUGUGGAAGAUUCCCGGGUGAAUUUUCAAAAGUACUACUUUGCAGAAAGAGCUUUGUCAUCCGUGGUAGCUUUGGGAGCAAAUAUAAUCUGCAACAAAAUUCCAGGCUUGGCGCCUCGGCAAAGAGCCAUCUGCCAGAGCCGCCCUGAUGCCAUCAUAGUUAUUGGAGAAGGGGCACAGAUGGGGAUCAAUGAAUGCCAGUAUCAGUUCCGGUACGGAAGGUGGAACUGUUCAGCACUUGGAGAACGGACAGUCUUUGGACAAGAACUUCGAGUAGGUAGCAGGGAAGCAGCAUUUACAUACGCCAUUACCGCAGCAGGUGUAGCACAUGCGGUGACAUCGGCCUGCAGUCAGGGCAACUUGAGUAACUGUGGCUGUGACCGGGAGAAGCAGGGCUACUACAACCAAGAGGAAGGAUGGAAGUGGGGAGGUUGUUCUGCGGACAUCAAGUAUGGAAUCGAAUUCUCAAGGAGGUUUGUUGAUGCCAGAGAAAUCAAAAAGAAUGCGAGGAGGCUGAUGAACUUGCACAACAAUGAGGCCGGAAGAAAGGUACUAGAAGAACGAAUGAAAUUGGAGUGUAAAUGUCAUGGGGUCUCCGGUUCCUGUACUACAAAGACAUGCUGGACCACCUUGCCUAAAUUUCGUGAAAUUGGAUAUAUUUUAAAGGAAAAAUACAAUGAUGCUGUUCACGUCGAGGUAGUAAGAGCCAACCGUCUAAGGCAACCUACUUUCCUCAGGGUUAAAAAAGUUAAGAUCUACCAGAAGCCAAUGGAAACUGACCUGGUAUAUAUAGAACGUUCACCCAACUACUGUGAGGAGGAUAGCACAACUGGCAGCGUGGGGACGCAGGGGCGGCUUUGUAACCGCACUUCUCCCCACACAGAUGGUUGUGACCUGAUGUGUUGUGGGAGAGGUUACAACACUCACCAAUACACCAAGGUGUGGCAGUGCAACUGUAAAUUCCAUUGGUGCUGCUUUGUGAAAUGCAACACCUGUAGCGAAAGGACAGAAGUGUUUACGUGCAAAUAACGUGCACCGGUGCUCACCUGUAACAAAACACGACUGGACAACUGUAGCGUCAUUUUGCACACUACUUAAUUUUCUUAGGUGGAGAAAAUUACAAUCUCCUUCAAGGCCAACAAGGGGCGUUUUCAUUGUUUGCUGUCAUGUGGUAUGCAAGGAACACUGAAACCCUACAAGCAUUGAGAGGGUUAAAGAAUUGGCUUCCUUUCGUGUUUCUUGCAUAAACACAAAUAUCGGUAACAUAGAUAUUUUAACUUACGCAUAUCACCGAAGCUGACCAGAUAUUUUUAAAUAAUGGAACAAAGCAACAUUUUUUUUAUAAAGGAACUUAAAGGACUGCCAAGGAGGGACCAAAAUGAAAAUACAAACUCAAUUAUUGGUUAAAAGAAAUAAGUUCAGUUUAUAUUUACCAGUUACACUGGAACUAUUUUAAUGGACAUUAAAAAAUAAUUAUUAUUAUUUAUGUUUUAAUAGUAUGAACAAAUUCUGAGCACUAACGGGUAGCUUGUAUCUUAAUUCUGUACUAAAUGUAAAUGUAUACUGUAGAUGUCUGACUUAUCUUGUAUAUGGUUAUUUCUAACUAUUUCAGUGCUACUGAGCUCUUGCGAUAAAUGGGCCUAAACUUUUAUAU